AUGAAUCAAAUAAUUGGUUCUGAUUAUCAACCUAUCAUGGCGAAAGAAGAGGACAAAAAAAUCCAAAUGAAUGAGAUAUUUCGCACACGACCAGGAAGAAAGCGAAAAACGAAAGAAGGCGACAAGUGUCUUGUUUGUGGAGAUUCAGCUAUUGGUCUGAACUUUGGCGUUCAAACGUGCUCACCUUGCAAAGCUUUUUUUCGACGCAAUGCUGUCAAACUCGGCACAAUUGAAUUUCAAUGUCGAGAUGAUGGCGACUGUCCAGUGACGAGUGAUACCCGUCGGCAAUGUAAUUGUUGUCGACUAGCUAAAUGUUUUCGAGUUGGAAUGGAUCGCAAAGCAAUUCGUACAGAUGACCAACGACGUGAAAGAUUAAUAUUAAUCGAAUCCAAUCGACAAAAACGAUUAGAGCACAAUAUCGUUAACAAAUCAUUAGCAAUUCCAAAUAAACCAUUGAUUCGUCCGAUUAAUUUAUUACUUCAAUCAAAAGAGGAUGUUUAUUUAUCCGCAGAUAGUUAUCACCUGUUGACAAAUAUUUUCCACGGAUAUAAUAAAAUUUGUACAUCUACACCAAAAGAACAAUUAACCAUGCCAGUUAAUGAAUCGUUAACAGUACGUGCAUUUCUCAAUGCAUCGUCGAGUAUCUACAUAUCUUUCAUAUCAUUUCUUCAAUUAUUACCGGAAUUCCGUUCGAUACCAAUUGAUGGCAAGUUUUCGCUCGUGAAAUCCAAUUUUAAACAUGUUUUAUUCAAACAUUGCGCUUAUUUAAUACAGACAGUUACUCCUGAUCUUCAUCAAGACUCUCCUGUAUGCAUACACUUAUUUCCCAAAGAGUUAUACGAAAGUUUCUGUGAGCGAAGUUUCGCACUCACACCCUUCGUGCACGAUCCAAUCCUAAUGAAAUUAUCCUUAAUUAUUCUGACGUUUUCUACUUAUUUGAGUGUGUCAUAUGAAUGUCAACCGACUACACACACAAAAGCAAACAUCAUAAAAACGAUCUUGCACGCUCAAAAUAUCUAUGUGGAAUUGUUAUGGCGUUAUAUUCUCACUCGUUGUUCGAAUUUUCAAAAAUCUGUACACUUGAUAACUUCAUUGAUUAGUCGAGUACUACAUUCACAAAUAAGUCAAAGUAUGGCGGAAGAUUUCAUUCGUACAAGUGUUGUUCAACAGCAAGAGCAAGAAUUAGCACCAAUUAUAAAAUCAAUUUGGAUACCUGAUGCUCGGUAA